AACCAUUUGAAUAAGCACCCAACCAUGUCUUCAAAGUCACCAUUGUUCAUUAUGUUUUUCACCACAAUAACCAUGGUUAUGACGGUCCAAAUGACCGAUGCCCAGCUCAUCGGCCCAACCUUCAACGUCACCGGAUCGGUGGCUUGCUCUCUUAAUGGUAGCUUCGGUGUUGGCAAUGCUAGUGUUUCCACCUUUUCCUAAUGCGACGGUGCAGUUGGAAUGUGGAUCAGGAAAUGUGUUGGCCAGCACCACGACAAACAGUGCGGGGUCGUUCUCAAUAAUUGUGAACCUGUUCACUAACCUCGUCAACAUACUCAGCGGUUGCAAAAUCGCGGUGCCGACUCCUCUCUCCUCAUGCAACGCGUCGCUUCCCUCAACUGGCUCCUUAUUCUCCCCCCUCCAACAAAUUGGACCCAAUAUCGUCAACGGUAUCUUAAACGUCACCAAUAAUGGAUUUCAGUUUCUUCCUGGCGGGGAUUGAAA